AUGCGUCAGCAACAUUGGGCGGAAUUACUUAACGACUACGACUGCGAGAUUCGCUACCAUCUUGGAAAAGUUAAUGUCGUGGCCGAUGCUCUUAGUCAUAGGACUCAUGUUAGAAGCGUUUGUCGUUUUCAAGUUUCUAGAAACCUUCACACUUGCAUUCGUGAAGUGCAAUAUUCGUCAGCCAAGGAAGGUACUUUAUUCAUAGAAAUACGUGGUGCAACUGAAGACCGACUUGUGACUAAAUCUGAUGGACUUCAAUACUAUCUCGAUCGCAUCUGGGUGCCAGAUCGUGACAAUUUUCGUGAACUUAUCAUGAAUGAGGCACACAAAUCCAAGUACUCGAUUCAACCUGGUGCUGACAAGAUAUACCAUAAUCUACGUACAUCCUAUGGUGGCAUGGUAUGA